AUGCUCUACUAAGGUUAUUUAGAAAUCAAGCCAGUACACAGCCAAUAUUCAUAACUUCGAAUACAAAAAUGAUGCGUGCAUACCAAUAGGAUUAACAAAUUCAGUAGAUCAUAACCUUCACAGAGAUGUUACAUGGCAUAUGUAGCAUAAAACAGAGUCUAGUUAUGUUAUAUACAUAAACAUACAUAAGAAUAUUUUCAUAAAGCCUUAUGGGGGCACCGACUGUCACACCUGCCACUCUCCCAGUGCUGCUCUCUAUGCCCAGCUCUGCCUGCUCCAGCCUGGCUGGGGGGCAGGAGUGCAGCUCACUGAAGGCUUCUGGGUAAUUACUACAGAGUGAGGGAGAUGCAGGAAUAGGAGCAGUGAGGAAUCCCUCCCCCUCGGGUACAGAUUGAGUGGGCCAGACUGGGGGCUGGGUGGGUCCUGGGGGCUGGGAAGGAACCUGCUCUGCCAGGUUGGGAAUCCAUCCAGCAGGGCUCCCGCAUGCCUACCCUACAAGGAGAGCUGGCUAGUGGGCCUCCCCAAAUCCCCCCAUGUUUGGAGGCACUGCCCCUUGCAGAGCACAGCUCCAUGGCACACAGCACCCCUGGGUGGGGUCCUGGGACCUGCCCCCGUCUGCAGGGGAACUGCCCCCCCAUCACACUAAAAGGGGCAGGAUUCAGCCUUGUGGGAGAUGGGCAGACGGGCACCCAGCCAUGCUUCCCAGUGUCAUGUGGGGGCGACGCGGGGUUCCCGCUCAGCCGGGCUAAAACCACGUGACCCCACCCUCCCCGGCUGACGCCACUCCCUGCCGCUCAGGCAACCUCCGCACAGGAAGCUGGCCCCGGCAGCUCGCGGCUGGGUUUUGAAAGUCAUCUUUCCUCAGGCUUGUGCUCUCUCCCCCACCACCCGGCCCCACACAUCCCCUCUCCGUCCCCCAGCGACAUGGCUGAGCAGGAGAGCCUGGAGUUCGGCAAAGCCGACUUUGUCCUCCUGGACGAAGUGACCAUGGAGCACUUCAUGGAGAACCUGAAGCUGAGGUUUGAGAUGGGGCGGAUUUACACCUACAUCGGGGAGGUGGUGGUCUCCAUGAACCCCUACAAGCAGACGCAGCUCUACGGGAAGGACGUGAUCGAGCAGUACCAGGGCCGAGAGCUGUACGAGCGCCCGCCGCACCUCUACGCUGUGGCUGACGCUGCCUACAAGGCCAUGAAACGUCGAGCCAAAGACACCUGCAUCGUCAUCUCGGGGGAGAGUGGUGCUGGGAAGACGGAAGCCAGUAAAUACAUCAUGCAGUACAUAGCAGCCAUCACUAACCCCAGCCAGAGGGAAGAGGUGGAGAGGGUGAAGAACGUGCUGCUCAAGUCCAACUGCGUCUUGGAGGCCUUUGGCAACGCCAAGACCAACCGCAACGACAACUCCAGCCGCUUCGGCAAGUACAUGGACAUCAACUUCGACUUCAAGGGGGACCCCACCGGCGGCCACAUCAACAACUACCUCCUGGAGAAGUCUCGCAUCCUCCACCAACAGCCGGGCGAGAGGAACUUCCACUCCUUCUACCAGCUGCUUCUCGGGACCUCGGACGCUCAGCUGGCCUCCCUCCAUCUCUGCAGAGACCCUGCAGCCUACCGCUUCACCAGCGAGGGCGCCAGCAACAACCUGCUGGCCAGUGAUCAGUCCAACUUCAAGGACGUGGCAGGUGCCAUGAAGGUGAUCGGCUUCAGCCUGGAGGAGAUCGACUCAGUCUACAAGAUCCUGGCUACUAUUUUACACCUGGGCAAUGUGAGCUUCGUUGCCGAGGGAGAUGCCGUGGCGAUAGAGAACAGGGAGCUGGUCUCCCAGCUGGCGGAGCUGACAUCCACCCAGCCGGAGAGCCUGCUGAGAACCCUGCUGUACCGUGCGGUGGCCACGGGCAGUGGGGAGGUCAUCGAGAAGGGUCACAGCGCCAAGGAAGCCAACUAUGCCAGGGACGCCUGCGCCAAGGCCAUCUACGAGCGGCUGUUCUGCUGGAUCGUGGGGCGCAUCAACACCGUCAUCGAGGUAAAGAACUACGACGCCCGGCUCCAUGGCAAGAACACCGUCAUUGCCGUGCUGGACAUCUACGGCUUCGAGAUCUUCGACAGCAACAGCUUCGAGCAGUUCUGUAUCAAUUACUGUAACGAGAAGUUGCAGCAGCUGUUCAUCGAACUGAUCCUGAGGCAGGAGCAGGAGGAGUAUCAGCGGGAAGGCAUUGAGUGGCAGCAUAUCGAGUACUUCAACAACCAGAUCAUUGUGGACCUGGUGGAGCAGCCGCACAAGGGCAUCAUCUCCAUCCUGGACGAGGCCUGCCUGACUGGGGGCCAGGUCACGGACACCAUGUUCCUGGAGUCCAUGAACACCAAGCUGGGGAAGCACCCCCACUACACCAGCCGCAAGCUCUGCGCCACCGACAAAUCCAUGGAGUUCGGCCGGGAUUUCCGCAUCAAGCACUACGCCGGGAAUGUCACGUACUCGGUGGAGGGGUUUAUCGACAAGAACAAGGACACCCUCUUCCAAGAUUUCAAGCGAUUGAUGUACAACAGCACAGACCCCGUCCUGAGGGACAUGUGGCCGGAGGGCGAGGUCAGCAUCACCGAGGUGACCAAGCGCCCUCUGACGGCCGCCACGCUCUUCAAGAACUCCAUGGUGGCGCUAGUGGAGAACCUGGCCUCCAAGGAGCCCUACUACGUGCGCUGCAUCAAGCCCAACGACCAGAAGUCACCGCUGCUCUUUGACGCCGAGCGCUGCCGCCACCAGGUGGAGUACCUGGGCCUGCUGGAGAACGUGCGGGUCCGCAGGGCCGGCUUCGCCUACCGGCAGCCCUACGACCGCUUCCUGCUCAGGAGUCGGGACACAGGCACAGGGGGAGGGCGGGCACUGCCCGUGAUCCGAGAGGAACCUGAUGGCGCCGAGUUGUCGGCAGGCAAGAUCAGACGAAGGGGGCGCAGUGCCAAGGCGUGGCGGGGGGCCCUGGCCCGGCGGCGCUGCCGGUACCUGCGUGCCAUUUACACCAUCAUGGGCCACUACAAGCGGCACAAGGUGAAGACAUACCUGCUGGAGCUGGUGCGCCGCUUCCAGGGGGUGCGCAGCAUGGCCGACUACGGCAAGGGCGUGGAGUGGCCCGACCCACCGGCGGUGCUGGCGCAGUUCCAGGAGAACAGCAAGCUGCUCUUCCGCAGGUGGCGAGCCAGGCAGAUAGUGAAGAACAUCCCUCCCUCGGACAUGGGGCAGAUCCAGGCCAAGGUGGCGGCCAUGGAAGUGCUGCAGGGCUUGCGCAAAGACUGGGGUUGCCAGAGGAACUGGGGCCGGGAUUACCUGUCAUCGGUGGUUGAAAACCCUGUCAUGGCUGCCCAGUUCGCCAGGAGGGUGCAGGCCCUGAGGGACAAAGUGCACUUCAGCUCGGUGCUGUUCUCCUGCCAUGUCCGCAAGAUCAACCGCUUUAACAAGAGCAGGGACCGGGCCAUUCUCGUCACGGACCAGCACCUCUACAAGCUGGAGCCCAGGAAGCAGUACAAGGUGAUGCGGACCCUGCCUCUGAGCAUGGUGACGGGGGUGAGCGUGACCAGUUGCCAAGACCAGCUGGUGGUGUUUCACACCAGGAACCACGAUGACCUGGUCAUCUGCUUCCAUAAGAUGCAGCCGGAAGAGGACAACCGAGUUGGGGAGCUGGUGGGGGUGCUGGUGGACCACUUCAAAACGACGAAGCGCGAGCUGCAGGUGCGCGUGUCGGACUGUAUCCAGCUGAGCCUACGCGGGAGGAAGAGGCUGGUUGCCGUGGAGAUGCGCCAUGAGCUGGCCUUCCCCGACUUUGGCAAGAGCCGUGACGGCUUUGUGCUUUACUGUCCCAGGAGAUGAGCCAGGGCCGCCCAGCGGGUCCCGGCUGGACAGCGGGGGGAGGGUCUGCUUGGCUGCGAACCCAGACCUGCCUUUCCCCAUGGGGAGGAGCUGGGACCCAGGACGCCGGGCCCUGCUCAGCAUCGGGCCCUCCCUUCCUUUGGUUUUCCGCUAGGGUUUUGUAACCUUUUAUUAAGUGAGUUCAUCAUUGUGGCCGGAGCCAGAAGGAGCCUGGAGUCUGCCAGCCCCAGACCCCCCCACCCUGCCUGUGGGCCCCGCUUCAGACACACCACUGGGGUGGGAAGGGUGACGGCCUGCAGGGCCCAGGCAGCUCGAACCCCGCAGCCAUGGGACACCCCCAAAUAUGCACGAACCGCCAUCAGGCUCGUACCAGACACACACCCUGGAACGAGGGACACGCAGGCACAGAGCCCGCAGAGGCUCCAGGAGCAGCUUUGCAAGAAGCACCCCAGAGACAUGCCCUGAGUCACCAUCCGGACUGCAGCAGAAGGGCUUCCUGAAGCUCUGGGAAGGGAGCGCGGGCAGCCUCAAGGUGGGGAGAGACAGUCACCCAGGCCGGACCCCCCCGCCAGGAAAGCCCCUCUCUGCAUCACCCAGGCAGCCCUUGUCUCCCAGUUCCAGCCUGUAGCGCUGCUGGGGUUGAAUUCAUCCGUAACCGCUCCACUGAAACUGCCACCAUGGGCGGCCAAUCAGCACCUACAGCAGCGAUGUUCGCAGGGGUGCUGUCUGGGGGGAUGGGGCCGAGCCCCCCACAGCUGCUAGAGGCUCUCCCCUUGCAUCGCAUGGAGCUAGUCCCAGGGCUCCUCUCAUCGGUGGUCCUCUGGGCUGCUGGCUUGGGGAUCAUGCCCUCACCCUCUCUCCUCCGUGGAUUCCCCUGGCUCUGUGGCCCCCUGGUCCCCAGAUCACCAACUUCUCCUUUAGCAGCUCUUCUGCCCUCUCUGUUGGCGGCUGCCCCUGCUCUCUCCUCUUCGGUGACUCCUGUGCCGAAGUGGGAAUGCUCUUAAUGUUUUCUCUGAAUACUGUGUGGGUGCCUCAGUUUCCCUUAUGCCUUUCUUAGGUACCUAGGUGUGGGGAUCAGGGUGUGUGAUUGUUGCAGAGCCCAAGAGGGCCCCUGUGAUACUGUCUGGACAGAGAAUGACUAGCACUCUGUCUCCUGGCAACUAAUGGCCUCUACAAAGGUGCCAACUGAAGAUGUUGGAGAACAGAGAGAUCCGGUGACCUCCUGGCCUGGGAAAGGGACAAAGGCAGAGCAGGGGCUGGAGAGUUUCAGUUUGGAGCUGGCUGGGAAAAUGGAGGGGCGGCCAGGAGGUCUGUCUGGCCUCCCCUGGCCCCCCAAGAUGGACCUGUUGUCUGUACCUGCAAGACCUGUCUUGGACUGUGUUCCUGUCGUCUAA